AAACAUUUUUUUUACUUCGAAGAACUCGCUUUUCAUGUACACAAUUAUAAUUUGUAUAUUUUAAUCUCUACCUUUUUUUUAAAUAAAAUCAACAAAAAAUUCAGAAAUACAAAACCUUAACAGUAGCAGCAUCGUUAUGGAAAGUAAACCUCAAACGCAACAACCGAUGCAACAGAAUGAAGAGCAGCAGCUGCAACAACAGCAGGAAACUGAGCAAUCAGAGAGCAUGAACGCUGUAACGGAUGAUAAUAUGGGCAAUGUUUAUCAGUCAACUGUGGAUGAGGCCACAUACAUGUGCAUGCAAGAAGAGUGUGAGCAAGUUAGCGUUGAUGCCGACGCCGACGCUAAUGCAGACGUGAAUACAGAAACGCAGCAGCAUUUUAACUAUCAACAAGAACAAAAUCACCAUUCUCACCAGCAGUAUAACCCCAAGAAGAGUGUUUCUUUCAAAACAUUGGUCGAUAUCUUUCAGCUAAGCGAUGCUUGGCAAUUGAAUGUGAAAAAGAGUAAUUUGAAAACGGAAGAGGAUCAAGCAAAACGUCGCAUCGUGCAGCGCAACUAUUAAUUAUGUGUGCAUGUGAUUUGACGUUUUCAUGAAUUAGGUAGUUUUUUUUAGAUGGUACAAAAAUUGCUUGUGAACUAUAAUUUUAUAUUAUUAAUAGCGUGUAAUCGCGCGUAUACAAACUGUUCUUUUUGCUAUCAAUUCGUUUUCGUCACCUGGAUUGUCAAAAUAAAACUAAAUCAACAUUUUUGUAGUAAAAAUGAUCGCAAAAACAAUAUGUGGCAUGCUUGUAA